AUGUUUCAGGCUCGAAUUCAUGAUGAAAGUGUACGAUAUGUCUUAUCAGACCAAGCAAUAGUUGCCCUUGCCACAAAAUUUCCUACAAACGCGACAGAAGUAUUUCAAGUCAUACAACAAGCUGAUUUGAGUACUGAGUCUUCAGAUAUUGCUUCUGUCCUGCCAACACCAUCACAUAUUGUUAGUACUCAUAUGGACGAAAUUUGUUUUCUUCUUCAGGAAGUUGAUGUUAAUGUUGAUGAUGUUCUUAAAAGAUAUCUGCAGAGGCACUUAGAUCUUAAUGGGUGUUGCCCAACAUCGAUUUAUAAUUAUGCACUUCUAUCUGAGUUUAAUUUAAAAAAGACUAGGACAUUAUUCUCUAAGCAAAAUGGAGGAAAGUUUAGCACACAGGUCGGCAAGAAAGCUUCUCGUGAGCUUUUUGUUCAGAAAUUCUCAUGCAAGUCUCCAGUUUAUCACAACUGUAGGAUUUAUGCCAAUGAUGGACGACUGCUUUGUUACUGUGAUCGUAGAAAGCUGGAGUGGUAUGUACGACGUGGUUUAGCUAAGCUUGUGGAAGAUGACCCUCCAGCAAUAAUGCUUCUUUUUGAACCAAAAGGUCGUCCAGAGGAUGAAGAUAAUGAUUUCUAUAUUCAGAGUAAGAAGAAUAUAUGUGUUGGAUGUGGAGAAAAGAAUCAUUAUUUGCGGUACCGAAUAAUCCCUUCAUGCUAUAGAGUGCAUUUCCCUGAGCACUUGAAAAGUCAUCGUUCCCAUGAUAUAGUUCUGCUUUGUGUGGACUGUCAUGAAAUAGCCCAUUCUGCUGCUGAGAAGUAUAAGAGGCAAAUAUCAAAAGAAUUUGGUAUCCCCCUUUUUGUGCAAAAAAUAGUUGAUUCAGGAGAAAGCAAUGUUGUGAAUUUUCCAUCAAAAUCUACUGAUGAAACUGAAGACAGUGGUGUUUCUCCUUUGCAGUUGCGUACUGCAGCUAUGGCACUUUUACGCCAUGGAUCCACCAUGCCAUCGAGAAGGCAUGAUGAGUUGAUGCAGACUGUAAAGACAUAUUUUGGGGGAAGGGAGAUAUCUGCAGAAGAUCUGGAAAGGGCGUUACUUGUUGGUAUGAGUCCUCACGAAAUAAGGCGACUUGAGAAGAAAAAAGGCUUGAAUUUAAGGCGUUUCAAAGAGAGUAACUUUCAUACCCUUAGCGGAACUUCACCGCAAGCAAACGGGCAUGAUAGCAACAGUGCUGAAAAUAAUUCAAAGGAAUCAUUGGAAUAUGGAGAUAACAGCGAAAUUGGAAAUGGGCAAAAGAGUACGUCUACUAAUGAAAUAGACGUAAAUCUUCUGUCUAGGGCCCAUGAAGACAUCUCUUUCAUCAAUGGCGUUGGUAAAAAUGGUAGUGUUGAAACGUUUCAUAAGGAAAAAGGACAAAAUGGGUAUGGUAAUCCAUCAGAUGAAACUGGUAAUCCAUCAGAUGGAACUGUAAUAAAUCACAAGUCUUCUACUUCUCAUCAAGUCCUCUCCUCUAAAAGUGCGAAGAAGUUGUCACUAUUAGGACAUGGACCACAUGGAAAACAAGUUGUGGAGCAUUUGCUAAGCAAGUAUGGGGAUGAUGGUAUUGGCAAAUUUUGCCAAAGAUGGAGACAGGUCUUUGUGGAGACUGUUCAUCCUCGUUUUUUGCCUUUAGGGUGGGAUAUAAUGCACAGGUAA